UCCCGCUCUCCCGCGGCUCGCGUGGCCGCGCCUUUGUGUGCGGCGGCCGCGGCUCCCGGGCUCCUCGGGCUCGGGUCUGUGCGCCCCUCCAGCCCGGAGUCCCGCGCGCCGCCCCCGGGCCAGCCCGGCGGGGCGCUCCCGACGGUGGAUCUAGCGGCAUCGAGGAGGCGGGCACCGGCCCCGGCCAGCCCCAUCCCCGGCCCCCGGCCCCGGGCCCGGCCCCGGCAUGGAUGUGAGGUUCUACCCCGCGGCGGCCGGGGACCCCGCCGGCCUGGACUUCGCGCAGUGCCUGGGGUACUACGGCUACAGCAAGUUUGGAAAUAACAAUAACUACAUGAACAUGGCCGAGGCAAACAACGCUUUCUUUGCCGCCAGUGAGCAGACAUUCCAUACGCCAAGCCUUGGGGACGAGGAGUUUGAAAUUCCCCCAAUCACGCCUCCGCCAGAGUCAGACCCCGCCCUGGGCAUGCCUGAUGUUCUUCUACCCUUUCAAGGCCUCAGUGAUCCAUUGCCUUCCCAGGGAAGUGAAUUCACGCCCCAGUUUCCCCCUCAAAGUCUGGAUCUUCCUUCCAUUACAAUCUCAAGAAAUCUCGUGGAACAAGAUGGCGUGCUUCAUAGCAGUGGUUUGCAUAUGGAUCAGAGCCACACGCAAGUUUCCCAGUACCGCCAGGAUCCCUCCUUGAUCAUGAGGUCCAUCGUCCACAUGACUGAUGCUGCUCGCUCUGGGAUAAUGCCUCCCGCCCAGCUCACGACCAUCAACCAGUCUCAGCUCAGCGCCCAGUUGGGGUUGAACUUGGGAGGUGCCAGCAUGCCCCACACCUCACCUUCCCCUCCAGCGAGCAAAUCAGCCACUCCCUCUCCUUCCAGCUCCAUCAAUGAAGAGGAUGCAGAUGAAUCCAACAGAGCCAUUGGAGAGAAAAGAGCUGCUCCAGAUUCUGGCAAGAAGCCCAAGACUCCAAAGAAAAAGAAAAAGAAAGAUCCCAAUGAGCCACAGAAGCCAGUGUCAGCAUAUGCCCUGUUUUUCAGAGACACACAGGCUGCAAUUAAAGGUCAAAACCCUAAUGCAACCUUUGGAGAGGUCUCAAAAAUUGUAGCAUCGAUGUGGGACAGCCUUGGAGAAGAACAAAAGCAGGUAUACAAGAGGAAAACGGAAGCUGCCAAAAAAGAAUACCUGAAGGCCCUGGCUGCUUACAGGGCCAGCCUCGUUUCUAAGGCUGCCGCCGAAUCAGCAGAAGCCCAAACCAUCCGUUCUGUUCAGCAGACCCUAGCGUCCACCAAUCUGACAUCUUCCCUCCUUCUCAAUCCCCCACUGUCUCAACAUGGAACAGUAUCCGCAUCCCCUCAGACUCUGCAACAAUCACUCCCUCGGUCAAUCGCGCCCAAACCCUUAACCAUGAGACUCCCCAUGAACCAGAUCGUCACGUCGGUCACCAUCGCAGCCAACAUGCCGUCGAACAUUGGGGCUCCCCUGAUGAGCUCCCUGGGCACGACCAUGGUCGGUUCAGCCUCUUCCACCCAAGUGAGUCCUUCCGUGCAGACGCAGCAGCAUCAAAUGCAGUUGCAGCAGCAGCAGCAGCAGCAGCAGCAACAACAGCAGCAGCAGCUCCAGCAGCAGCAGAUGCAGCAGCAGCAGCUCCAGCAGCACCAAAUGCAUCAGCAGAUCCAGCAGCAGAUGCAGCAGCAGCAUUUUCAGCACCACAUGCAGCAGCACCUGCAGCAGCAGCAGCACCUGCAGCAGCAGCUCAACCAACAGCAGCUGCAGCAGCAGCUGCAGCAGCAUCUCCAGCUGCAGCAGCUGCAGCACAUGCAGCAUCAGUCUCAGCCUUCGCCUCGGCAGCACUCCCCUGUCACCUCUCAGAUUACGUCCCCUCUCCCCGCGAUCGGGAGCCCCCAGCCAGCCUCGCAGCAGCACCAGUCGCAGAUACAGUCUCAGACACAGACUCAAGUAUUAUCGCAGGUCAGUAUUUUCUGAAGACGCACAUGGCAGAUGGAGCGGCAUGUCAGGAGGAGAGUGGCAGAGAAGGGGUAAACCUUUUGUGGCUGAACCGUGUACGUUGUGUUGGUUAUGCAGAAAUGUGUAACAGAUCACGUGGUCCUCGCAAGUGUCUAUUAGAUAGGCAAUAAGAACUACAGUGUAGCUGAGAUUCAUCUUUUAGCUGACUAUAAAUCACUUUGUUUUAAAACAAGAAAGCUGUGCUCUUGUAUGUGAUGCCUUUUUUAUUUAUUCAGGCUAUACCUACGAUAUGUGAAUCAAAUCAUGUAAUGAAUCCUGGGACAUACUGAUGACUAUAAACUGGCCUCUCUGAAUCAUAGAAAAUGGCUUUAUUUCUUCAGAAGUGAAUAAACCACACUUCAAGGCUCUUUGAACUUCCGAAGCCCUAAAAAUAAAAAGCACAGUUGUAACUACCUGAAAUAAUGAAGAUCCGGUUUCAUACAAACAUUUGUAUGACGUGAAUAGUUGAUGGCAUUUUUUGUCAUAAAAAAAUAAUGUAAAUCACAGACUUUUGCCAAAGCUCUUAUUUUUUUUCCUAAAUCUCUCCAGAAAAAAAAAUGCAAGUGAUUAGAUUCAAUUAUUGACUCAUUUCCACUUUUUACCCAUGACUUCUCCAAAUCGAACCACAGUCUAUGUUGUAACAAUAUAUAUGACCACUGUUAGCCCAUUAUAUUCAUUCCAAUUAGAAGAAAAGAAUGUGAAUAUUAUAUUCUGUGUUUUGAGUGACAAGUUUCGAAAAAUAAAAACACUGUAUUUUUCAAAGGGAAAUGCACUUAAAUGAAAACAGUUAUUACGAAAGUUAAGAUUUAAAAAAAAAAGCAAGAGUUUUUAUUAUGAUGUAAUACUCGUAGAAUAUUUAAAAGGCGCACCACAUCUGAAUAAUCAAUGUAAAUAUUUUCUUUCCAAGUUGUAAGUUUUCAUAUCAUGUGUUGUAAAGUUUUCAUAAACGAGGCUUUAACGUAAACACUGGUGACAUAAACCAUUCAUUGCUACGUUGCUUAUUGUGUUUUUAUGCUGUUUUAUACUUUUUUAUGAGUUAUGAUAGCAGCAAUUAAGUUGUUUGUAUUUUGCUUAACUAAAACAAAAAAUGCUUUUAUCUUGCUAUAGAAUAAACACAUUUCAGUAAAAUCUGUGGACUGUAUUUUGAUGCAACAACAAGGAAACUGUUCACUUUUCAAAUAAAAUGAUAUGUCAAAUUUCA